AAGUUGUAGGCAUCGACAGUUUGGGAUUGCGGAAGCCAAUCAGAUCCUCCUUUUCUUUCUACUGGUAAUGGCCGCUACCAGGAAGUAGGGCGACCGGAUGGUUCCCAAGACCUCAAAGUUAGCCAAAGAAAGAAAGAAAGCAGAAAUACCCACCCACCCCCAGAAUGCUUAUAUGGUGGAACUACACCACCCAUCUUUGCAACAGACCCAGAUGGAAUGUACCUCUCAAGAUGUUCCCAGAUUCUGCCCCUGACUUUAAGAAGCAGCAAAGCACAGAUGCUUCCAGAGUGUUAGUAGGGUUGCCACGAAUGAAAAAAAAAUUGGCUAAAAAGACAUUUUUUAAAAGCUACAAAAGAUCAUCUGAUCUGUAAUGACUGGGAACAUGGCCACCACCAGGAAUGCUUCACAGCUCUUCUUGGUAUUUUUCUUGUUGCUUUUUUGCCUGCCUGUAGUGGAAGCUUUAGAUAUGGGUGAUGCAUUAGCUUUGUUGCUAGGUGUGGCUCUUAGUUGUGUUGGAUUCUGUGCCUGCCUCGGUCUAUAUGCAAGAAGACGACAUGGAGAGCAAUGACUUUAAGUACAAAAUGUCCAGCUGAAGUGCAACUGUCCUGAUGGAUGUUGUUGCAGUUAAGGAAGAGUUUCAAGAUGUUCCCCAACUCAUCAAAUCUUUAUUGCCAUGUACUGCUCAAGAAGAAAGACCAUUCAUAAUGGGAAGACUGUGGAGAAAGCUGCUUCAAGUUCAUAAGAACAUUUUGUAUGUCAUUAAGAUGUUGCCUUAAAAGAGAAUGAUACUGGUUUUCAAUUGCAUAAGAAAAUGCAUCAAUAAAAGUUAAUUAACUGAAGUGCAGCAGGAAAUAUAGAGGGGUAAAAGAGAAUAUAGUUCGCAUUCAAAUGAUAUACAGAAAAUAUACGACAUAGGACACAUAACUAUCCUCAUAAUUACUUGAGAGAUGAUUUUUUUUCUUCUUCUGAAAUAUUUCUCUAUUUCAUUUUUCCCCAAAUUAAACCAAAGUAUUUUGUUGUAAGGUCAAGUUGCUGUGUACCAUCCAAUAUUUUGUUGUUUUCAUUUGGUUACCAUUUAUGUUACAGUUAAUGUUGAAAAGUUAGUCUCCAUUGUCUCCUUAAAGCAUUGCAAAUAUUCUAAUAUAGUAAUAUGUAAUCCAGUGCCAUCAAAUGUUUAGUUUAUAACUCCCAUAAUCCCUGACCAUCAGCCGUUUGAUUUAUGAGAAUUGUAAUCUUAAAAUAUGGUAGCAUAAUCCUCAUAGAUUAACUUUUAUGAUUUCUCAGUUCUACAGAAGAAUUGCUGGGAACAAUAUUUAAAUGACCAACCCUUUUCUAUACAGUAUAUAUCUCCUCACUUGUAUUGUUUGCACAUUUUUAAUAAAUUGUGAAACUUUCACUAUUUUCAAAGUAUUGAAUAAGAUAAAGGAUUAAUGAGAAUUGAACAGUGAUUUAUUCUUGGUUUUCCAGUGUAACUAAAUAAACUUUAAUAUGAGGUUAACUUAAUAACCUCCAUGCUCUUUAACAUGUCUUUCGCUGCUUUAAUUCACCCAUGAUUAAAUAUUAGUUAUUGAAAAUAUGCCUAAAUUUAACAAGAGCACUGUUGAAGCUCAUAUUAAAACAAUUUUAUUAUAAUUCAAGUUUGGUAGUAAGAGAAAGGUAGAAAUUUUCUUAACAUGCACAUACAGACCCAUUAUAAGAGUGUUACCACAAAUGGUUUAAAAAUAUUGUAAUGUCUGGUAUAAAUAUUGCAUAUGAUAUACAAAAGAUAUAGCAGAAAUAUACUAUUCUAAUGUAUUUUAAAGGCAUUUUUCUUAUGACCCAUGCACAUUCUAUAUGUACAUCCUGUAUUGAAUUCUGCUGCAGAUAUAUGGAGAUAAAUUACAAAAUAUUUUAAAA